CUGACGCGCUGCGCCCCGUCCUCCCUCAACACCCGGAGCGGGGAGAGCAGACCCUGCGCGCUCGGCCCACACCCCCUGAGCGGCGGGCGGGGAGCUGGGGGCGCGGCGGGGCCGGUUCGGAGCCGGUUCGGGGCCAUUCGGCUCUCUGCUAUGGACAGUGCCAUCACCCUGUGGCAGUUCCUCCUCCAGCUGCUCCAAGAGCCCCAGAACAAGAACAUCAUCUGCUGGACCUCCAACGACGGGGAAUUCAAGCUGCUGCAGGCAGAGGAGGUGGCCAGGCUCUGGGGGAUCCGCAAGAACAAGCCCAGCAUGAACUAUGAUAAACUCAGCCGGGCGCUGCGCUACUACUACGUGAAGAAUAUCAUUAAGAAGGUGAAUGGGAAGAAGUUUGUGUACAAAUUCGUGUCGUACCCAGAGAUCCUGAACAUGGAUCCCCUCGUGGUGGGCCGGAUCGAGGGGGACCCCGAAAUGCCCGGCUUUGGGGAGGUGACCAGCGCCCCCAAGGACGUGGAAAGCUGUGGGAAGGAGAAAUCCCAGUCCUGUGCCAAGUCCUCCAGCCGCAACGACUACAUCCACUCAGGCCUGUACUCCUCCUUCACCCUCAACUCCCUCAACUCCUCCAGCGUGAAGCUCUUCAGGUCCAUCAAGAUCGAGAACCCGGCCGAGAAGCUGACGGAGAAGAAACCUCAGGACCCCACCCCCUCUGUCAUCAAGUUUGUCACCAUGCCCUCCAAAAAGCCUCCCUCUGCCCCCCUGGUCUCCACCGCUUCGGCAGUGGCUGUCACCUCCACGGUUCCUGCCACCCCCACCGUGUCCUCCUCGCUUCCCCUGGGCUCCGAGGAGACUCUGCAGACCCUGGAGACGCUCGUCCUGCCCAAGCUGACCGUCCCCGAAGCUCCCCCAGCACCUUUGCCAAACUUGAGCACCAGCUUCACCCCGACCCCCCCCAUGUCCUCAGUUUCUCCCACCCUCCAGGUGCCCUCCACGCCCCCCUCGCCGCCCCUGAGCUCCAACCCCGACCUGGACAUUGACACGGACAUCGAAUCUGUGGCUUCCCAGCAGCUGGAGCAGGCCCAGAGCCUCCAGCACCAAUCCCCAGAGCCCAAAGAGCAGCAGGAUUCAGCUGGGCUGGAGAAGGAAUUUGCCAAUCACCUCUCCAGGUCGAAAAAACCCAAAGGGCUGGAGUUGGCUCCCACCCUGGUCAUCACAGGCAGCGAUCCGAGUCCUCUGGGCAUCCUGAGUCCUUCUCUCCCAACUGCUUCUCUUACUCCAGCACUUUUCUCUCAGACUCCCAUCCUGCUGACUCCCAGCCCUCUGCUCUCCAGCAUCCACUUCUGGAGCACCCUGAGCCCCGUGGCUCCUCUCAGCCCUGCCAGGUUGCAAGGUGCUAACACCCUCUUCCAGUUCCCAUCAGUGCUGAACAGUCACGGCCCAUUUACGCUCUCUGGACUGGAUGGACCCUCCACCCCCGGCCCCUUUUCCCCGGAUCUCCAGAAGACAUAGCACAUGGAAUUCCUGCAAAAGGACACCCUGGCCAGCAAGGCAAAGAUGGGACACUUCCCUUCAACCACCUUUUUUUUAAAAACGAGCAGUUUGUAAUUCCACAGAGGUUCUCGACACUCGUAGUCGUUGCCAUUCCCAAAUCAAAAAAAAAAAAAAAAAAAAAAAAGCAGCCUUUUUUUUGCAAAAAUUCCCCCUUUUUUUGGAAGAACCCAGGUUGGGAAUGUAUAUGCAAACGCCUUAAUAGGAGCUGCAGCUCCAGUCUCUUCUCCUCCUCGGUUUGGAAGGUUUUUCCCCCGUGUCCAAAAGGAAUUUUGGGUGAUGUUGCAGCAACUGAGUCUGCACUGACUGCAGCAGACAGCACCAGAGGAGGCUUUUCUCUGUGACUCUUGGAAAACAACAAACAAACCCCUCUGUUCUUCUGCUUCCUGUGCUCAGCAAGGAGAGCCCUGAAUCCUGAUGGAAGCUGGCAUUCCAGGAAAAGUUUGGGAAUGGGGUGUGUGCUGUCAGCUCUGCCCCGGGGGCACCAGAACUUGUACGGCAACAAAAGCAGCCAGGGCUUUUCUGCUGCCUGUUGUCUCUUUUAUUUUUUUUUUUUCCUUUUGCAGGGAGAAAAAUUUUUUUUUUUCCAAGGAUUUAUUUCAAGUUUAUGUCCAGGACAAUUCCGUGGAGCCCCUGGGAGAAGAGGUGGGGCUGGAUUUUGGAUGCUUCCCUGCCCUCCUUCCCAUCCCGUGAGCGGUUGGGAUGAGCUCCUUUCACUUCUCACAGAGUUUGAAUGCUGGAGUCCAAACAUUUCUUGUGCCAGAGCCUGGCAGCUCCCUGCUGGAUCAGCAGCAUGGGAGGGUUUUCCCUGCCGUUUUGGGGGAUUUUCCCUGGGUUUUGGGGGAUUUUCCCUGGGUUUUUUGGGGGAUUUUCCCUGGGUUUUUAAGGGAGGUUGCUGCCUGACCUGCAAUUCCAGAGCCCAGCAGGGUGAGUGAGAACAGCAACAUCCCAGCAUUAGUGUUGCUCCUCUUUUCCCCACAGUUCUGGAAAAGCUUCCUGCUUUUCCCCACGAGGAAAAGCUCCUCUUUUGCCAGCUCUCACCCCAGGUUUUGCAGUGGAGCUGUUGAUUUAUUUUUUUGGAGGGAGCACUGACCCCAAAGCAGGCUGAGGGGUUCCACGGGGUUCGAGCUCGUGGUAAAUCUGCUUUCACCUCCUUGGUGUCCUGGAUUAAUAAUGCAGGAUUGUUUGCCAGAGCCCUUGGAGGUGAGAUGGAAUUUGUAGGUGGAUUUUUACACCUCAGGAGGCCUUGUAAGAAAACUGAGGGCUGAAAAGAAUGAGAGCUGCUCCUCUCUCAGCCCCUCGGUCUGGGUGUGUUGGGCUGUGGGUCCGUGUCCUUCCAAUGUGGAGCAUCUGAUGUCAGGCAGCAACUUCUGGGUUUGAGCUGGGGCUCUCAGAGGAUCUUCCCCAUAAAAUAUUCCCAGAAAACAGAUGGAGACAUCUCUUUCCUUCAGCAUCCUCCGAGCUGCCAUGAGCAGAGGAAGAUUUUUCCCCUCUCCAGCACGAGGAGCUGACAGUGUUUGCUGUAAAUACUGCACCUAGUCCAUGGAUAAGUGGUGAACUCAAACUUUUCCAGAGGUUUUUUUUCCUUCUGCCACUUUUGCAGGCUUGGAAUUCCCUUUAAAGCCACAACACCCAGGACUUUUCUUUUCCUGCAGUGAUGUUCCCUUUCUAUAUCCUGCCAUUGAGAUACAGAAAAACCACUUUUGUGUGUUCCUGACGUGACACCUGGGACAGGUGGGUGGAACAGAGUCGCUUUUUUUGGGCAUUGUUCACCUGCCCAGGGGAAAAAUGGGAGAAAAAAAUAUUCCUUUUUCAGGUGGAGAAGCAGGGAGUGAGCUCAUGGAGUGACCUGUCUUCCUGUUGGCUCCUGUCAGAGGCAAAAAAUGCUUCACAUUUAGACAUCAGCAGAUGCAGGAGGAAGUUCCUGCGCCAGCAGCUCUUAAAAUGUGCAAUAUUGACCUUUUGUUUUAAUUUAAUUUUUAUUUUUGAAAUGCAGAAGCGAAGCUGCAGGUGAUCAUGAAGAGCAGGCAUCUGGAAUUUUUUUUUUUCUUGGUUUGGUUUGCAUGUUUGGAGCCUGCUCUGGGAAAUUUCUUGAGCUAUGUAUAAAUAGCAGCACUUUGGUUGGUUCAGGUUGGCCAAUUUUAUGCCUACCAAAUACGUGGACUUUUGACAUUUGCAGGCUGGGAUUCGAAUUGAAAAUUCAUGAAUGAUGAGCACUAAAAACUUGCAAUUUAAUUGCUUCCCUUCCCCCUUGUUCCCCUGUGGAGAAAAGCCAAGUUUAGCUGUUGAAAAUUUGUGCACUUAAUUCUUUGUGAGCUUUUAUGGCUUUGGGCAGAGGGUCAAGCCCAAAAAAAAAAAUGUUCUUUGUGGGCUCCUGCUCCUCUCCAAGAAGCUUCCCAAAAUUGCUGUGCCACAGAGAUCCGGGUUUUCCUCUGGGAAUGCUGAGUUCCUGUGGAAGUGCAGCCAGGAUGGGAAGGUUUCCACCAGGUAAAACCCAGCAGGCAGGGAAAAAAAAAAAAAAAAAAAAAUCUGAAUGAGAAGCUCAGGAGGCAGCUGGGAAAGCUCAUGGAUAAAGGGAGAGGAGGUGGGAGAGGAGCAGCUUUUGCUGCCUUUUCUCCACUGCAAUUUUCAGGUCACUUAAGGGAAUUUUUCCUUGUGCUUGUGCUGCCUGAUGGGGCACGCUGAGUGACAGGGAGCUGCCAGCUUUUCCUGGAUCACAUUCCUGACAGAGCCUCCCUGGGGGCUCCGUUCUGUCACUGCUGGUUCUUUAGGUCACUUCAGGAGCAGUUUUGUGCAGCUCCUCACAACUUGUUUUUAAUUUAGCCUAGGGCAGGUGGGGUUAGAGUAGAUUCUGUUUUAGUUCUGUACCGUGGUGAUUUAUUAAAAAAAAAAAAUUAAAAAUGCAGCAUUACAGAAGCUUUUUUUCUUAGGUUCCUGUUGCUGGAGUAGCCUUGGUUUUGUGGAAUGCUUGGUAAUUUUUUGCAUCAGUUCUUUCCUGGCUGGCUUGGGUUUUGUGGAAGGUCAAAGCAUUUGGAAGAAAAAGCAUUUUGGUAGAACAAAAGAGUUUGGUAGAAGACAGACAAGAACCCAGCAUCCCCCCCCCCCAGCUUCUGGAGAUGGGAAUAAAUCCCUAAGAUUCAAAAAUCUGGUAGGAUUUAGGGGCAUGGGAGCUGAACUCGUGUCUUGCUUCUGGGAAUCUCUUGGAUUUUUGGUUUAUUUUUCCACGGGGAGCUGCUGCUGCUGCCUGGGCCAUGGCUCUGUUUGGGAUCCUGCAUUUUCAGGGGAGCAGCCCCUGCAAGCAGAAAAAUGGCUCAUGGUUAUGGAACCCUUGGUGUUCUGUCUUCCCUGGGAAGGUGAUCCUGGUAAAAAGAGGGUGAUGGAGGAAUUCUGGGUUUUUUUUAGCAGCAGCUUUAGGUUUAGAGCUUUGUUGCAGACCUGUCCUCAGCAGGGGAUGUGAUUCCUGUGCCCAGAUUUUGGCACAUUCGAGCUCUGUUUUGCAAUAGGUCAGGAAGGGAAAAAUUCCUGGAGUUGGCCAAUUCCUUGUUUUCACUUGGAGCAUCCCAAGGCUUCAGGAUCCGUGGAAUCUUUGGGAUGAUGGAGUGGUGUGUGAGAACAGGAGGGCUUUGGUUGGGAUCAUUUCCCCCUCUGAUGCAUUUUCAAACCUCAGCUAGCUCACAAAUGGAAUAUUUGGGGUUUUGAAUGUUCAUUCUGAGGGCAGUGAAGCUGCUGAGGUGCAGAUCUCCCUUCCCCAGCUUCCCCCAGCCCGGGGAGCUGCAUCCCUGUGGGAUUCCCUGGAGAUUCCAGCUGGGAUGGAGUGAAGGGCCCUGCUCCCCUCCUGGAGCUUUUCCUCCAGCUCAGAUCACAACCUGCAGCUCUGCCCCUCUCUCGUGGGUUUAUUCAUUUAUCAUUUAUUGACCUUUUUUUUUGGUUUUUUGCUCCUGUUUCCUGGCAGUUUUUGAUGUGCUCUGCAGUUGAACCUCUCCCAUUUUUAAGGCAGAUUUGUUUCCAGUCCACCUCAGUGUUGUACCGAGGGCCUCUCUUGGUGUUGUCCUCUCUGGAAAUCAACCUCAGCAGUGGGUCAGGGAAUGAUGUUAAAAUCCACAGGUACUUAACAACUUUUUGAGUUGUGGGUGACUAUUUUGGUUUGUUUCCUUCCUCAGCUCUGUGAGGAAUAGAAUCUGGAAGAGUAAAAAUGGGAAAAAAAAAAAAAAAAAGAAAAAGAAGAAGAGACCUUUUUGGCCUUUGAGUGGUGGGGUGGUUUUGUCUUAAAAAUCAGAGUGGGUGUUGCAAGCAGCCCCUGAGAGGGGCCCAGAAUCCCUGAAUAUUCCCUCAGGAGCUCUCCAGGAUGUUUGAGGAGGCUGGUGCUGCCUAAACAGAGGCGUUUAUGGCUUGAUUUGGAGUUAAUUAAGCAGCAAUUAGCAGUGGCUGCUGAGUGUGAGCAGAUCCAGGGGGGUGGGACAGGCUGGAGCUGCUGGGAUCACAGCUGGCAGAGGAAGAUUUUGGGAUCAAAUGCAGGGACAGUUUUGUGUCCCUUUGCCUUGGGGAAUGCUUGUUCCCCUCUGGUUUUAGAGCUGAGAAGUUGGUUUGGAAUAAUAAAACUAGGGGUAAAAAAAAAAAAAAAAAAAUCAAAAAAGGGAGAAAAUUCCAGGGAAACACAGCAGUCCUGUGUGAGGUCAGGGCAGCUGGAAUUCAUCUGGGGGUGAAUCCUUCUCCAGCAGGAAUUCUGGGAGGCCAGAAUCCUGGGAAUCAGCACACAUCCAGCAGCAGCCCCAGCUCCCCUGGGCUGGGCAGCUUUUUGUGUCUUGGAGGGAUUUAAAUCAAUUUAAAAUCCAUUUUUAGCCACUGCAGCACCCCCAUCCAGCUGUGUGCUGUUCACUCCUGGAGUGCACAUCUGGUUUGGGAAGGUGAUUUUGGCAGCUGCUCCAACUUCCCUGGGCUGGGCAGGUUUUUUGGGUUUUUUUUGUGUGUGUGUCUUGGAGGGAUUUAAAUCAAUUUAAAUCAAUUUUUUAGCCACUGCAGCACCCCCAUGCCAUCCAGCUGUGUGCCAGUGCUGUCCUGCUCAUUCCUGAGGCAUUUUUGGGGCACAGAAUUCCACUGGGAGCAAGGGAGGGGAGAGGUGGCUCUGGCCAGAGAGAAACCCUUGGGAAUGGAACCAAAUCUUCCUCCAAGGCUGAUUUUAGUCAGGAGGACAAAGCAGAGGAGGCACCAGGGCAGUGCUGCCCCUUCCUGUGGGGAUUCCCUGAAGGGCUCGGAGCAGAAAGGGGAAAUUUUGGGUUUGGUGUCAGUAAAUCCUGAACUGAGGGAUUUUAUUCCUGCCUUUAUGCCAGGAACAAGCAGGAAAAUCAGGAGAAUGUGUUCCCUGCAGGUUGUUUUUCUGUCUGACCACAGGUGGGCAGGGCCCUGUUUAUCCCUGGAUAUUCCAAGAUUUUUGCUGUUGGACCAGCAAAAUGUCUGCUUCCUAUAAAUUAUUUUGGAACAAAACCACCCUAAAACUGGCAAAAAAUGAAUUUUGUUUCCACCUCCCAAAGAAAGCAGCAGAUUUUGCUUGUGGAGCUCUUCCAGGCAAUGAUGAGAAGCAUGCUCAGAGCUGAAAAAUUGUAAAUUUUUUUUUUAGAUUCCUCAGUGUUUAAGUCUGCCUGAAGCACACGUGGCUCAUGCCUGGCAGGAUGUGUUCCCAAAAAUCCAUAUAAAUAUCCCCAUCCUCCCUCUGAGCAGAUUCUGCACUCUGCAGUCGCCACUUUGAAAUAUUUUGCACUCCCUUGGGAGGAUUUUUUGGGGUUUUUUUCCUUCUCUUUUAGCACUCCUAAACCAAUCCUGCCCCAGCGUGCACUCGUGAGUUGCCAAAGGUUUUAUUUUUUUGAUGUUGUUGAUUGCCACAUCUGAAAAAGAAAAAAAAAAAAGUGUCUUAAAUGUGUUUUUGAGUAGUUUUGUGUGCAUGGAACAAAAGUUUGGGCUUGAUUUCAGAGAUGUCUCUGCUGAGGUUGUGCUGCAGGAGGAUUUCAUCUCAAAGCAGGGGUGGAACAGGAGAAUCCUGACCCUUUGGAAAUCAGGGAUCCGAGUGGAGGCAGCGAGGAGAGGCUGGAGCUGAUUCCAGAGCCCAUUUCAGCAGUGCUGUACCAAUAACUGGAAGCUCUUGUUUAUUUUGAUUUUUUUUUUCCUCUUUUCUUUCCUUUGGGGGUGAUUUUUCUGUGUUUUUUGGAACACAGGGAGGCUCUGGGGGUGGCCUGUGCAUGAUUCCUGGGCUGUGCUGUGUGCUGGGGUGGGGGGCUCCAAUAUUCCAACCCCUGGCUUUGCUCUCAGCUCCUUGGGAUGUGUUUUGGGGUUGGUUUAUUUUGAUUUUUCCCUAGCAUGUCCUAACCCCUCCAAGCUUUGAGACUAGAAUUGUGUUGACUUUUUUUUUUUUUUAAUUCUCUGUCGUUGUUGUGCUGUUGUUCAGUUGCACAGAGGUUUUUUUUUUCCUAUGUAUAAAAUAUACUUUUGAAACGUUUCAUUCUCUGUGAACAGGGUUGAGAUUUUAUUCUUUGUAGCUUUGAAAAAGAUCCUAAAAAUUCCCUUUUCCAACCUGUUUUGUAGCCUGUUGCAGUGUUACCAGAUGGCCUUAUGUACGUCACAGUGCUUUGUGAUGGGUACAGUAGCACAUUUAAUGCUUCUUCCCCUCUGUUUUUUAGAGCUGAGAAGUUGAUUUGGAAUAAAAAAGCCAGGAGAGGGGGUGGAAAAAAAGGGAAAAAUUCUAGGGAAACACAGUGGUCAUGUCCUCUAAAAGGAGAUCAGGGCAGCUGGAAUUCAUCAUCCUUCUCCAGCAGGAAUUCUGGGAGGCCAGAAUCCUGGGAAUCAGCACACAUCCAGCAGCAGCUGCUCCAGCUCCCCUGGGCUGGGCAGGGGUUUUUGUGUGUCUUGGAGGGAUUUAAAUCAAUUUUAAAUCCAUUUUUAGCCACUCCAGCACCCCCAUCCAGCUGUGUGCUGUCCUGUUCAUUCCUGGAGUGCACAUCUGGCUCGGGAAGGUGAUUUUGGGGUGGGUUCCUUGCUGGAAUUUUGGAUUCCUUUGGAAUUUUCAGGCUGAGCUGGGUUCUUGGCAGUUCUUUUUUUUUGGGGAGCUGGGAGCAGAUCCCUCCCUCUGGAACUCUGGGCUGGAGUUUUACCUUUCCCACUUCGACCUUGCUGGGAUUUUCAGAACAAUCAGUGGGGAAAACUCCCCUGAAAGGAGCAGGAGGGGGAACGUUUCCAGUGGCUCUUUCCAGAACAGAGUUGCAUUUUUCUUUUCUCUAUAAAUAUAUAUAUAUAAAAAUAUAUAUAUAUAGUACAAAUUCAAGAGGCAAAGUUAUGUUGUAGUGAGUGUCUGAAACUUCCUACACUGGAGACUUUUCUGGACAAGACAACUGUAAAAGUCACCCCUCGUUCCAGCUAGGUGACCCUGCCUGGGACAGAAUUGCUUCUCAGUCUAACUUUUUAUUUUUAAAUACCUUAUUAGAGUAUCUUAAUGCCAUUGUGUUUAAAAAAAAACAAACAAACAAACAAAAAAAGCUGGUAUGUAAUGCAAGUACAUAAAUAGCCAAAGUUUUCAGUAAUUGUUCAGUGUUACUAAAUUUUGCUUUUAUUUAACCUUCUGAGAUAACAUUUAGGAAGACCUUCAGCGUGUAAAAUCAUCCUGAAAAUUCAAAGUAUGAGCAACUGCAUUAGGGCAGGGAUGGAGUUGUUUGAGCACAUUUCAGGUUUGAAUACAAUUGGGAGGCAAAGUUUUUUAGGAUGCAGAAUUUCCUUUGUGCUGUCCUGACACUUCAAAGUGACAAACGCUGCUUUGGCAGUGGCUCUUUGGGAAUUGUUAUUCAAACAUCACGAAGGUCUUUCCUGAGAAAUCAGGUGACUUUUUUCUAUUGCUUCGAUUUUUGUGCAAAAAAAAAAAAAAAAAAUUACAACAAAAUAAAAAUAAAAAAAUCAAUGUAUUGCAAUUUUUUUUUUUUUUAAUGGGGUGGGAAUAGUUAAAGAAAACUAUUUUAUGUAAGAACUGACAGAGGGAUUUUGCUUUGUAUAAUGCAAGCUGGCUUUAAAAAAAGCAUUGUAGCAAAUUAUUCAAGUCAAUCAUAUGUUAAUAGUUAUGUGCAACCAGACAUGCAAAACAAUUGUAUUUUUUUAAAUAAAUAUUUUUAACAAAG